AUGGAGCACGCUGCUCUCUCUGCGCCCGUGGAGAUGGAAUCAGAGGAGAUUCUCUCGCGAAUUAUCCUCGUUGUUUCGGUGGCUUCCAUGAUAGGGUCGGGAUGGAUUAUUAUCAGCUUCCUUUUUGUACCAAGUCUACGUACUUUCCGUCAUCAGUUGAUUCUAGGUGCUGUUCUUCAUCCCGAUAAUGCAAUAUGGCUGCCACUGAUGAGUUCAGGUCUUGGAAUAAGCGAAUUUCUAGCCGCAGGCAAUGUUGUCAUCUUGGCUAGUGUGAAUACCGUGGGCAUUGAGAUAUGGGAUCCAUCCCUCAAGGCAUUCUGCAGCUUCAAUGGACUCAUGGUUCAGACUUUUGUGGUGCAGGUAAUGCUAGCCGACUACUGGAUCCUAUCGAUUGCAAUCUGCACGUACCUCAUACUGAUGGACUAUGCCCAUGCUGCCUCGUGGGUCCAGAACCACAGAGCCGUCAUCUGGUGCAUGGCUUGGGGCCUCUCGAUCCUAUGGGGAGUGCUUGGCCUUGUCGUCGUCGGAUACGGGUAUGCCGGUGGCUGGUGCUGGUUCACCAGUGAUCGUGUCCGCCUUUUUGUGAACUUCAUCCCACGAUGGACUAUCAUCCUUGUCAUCAUGGGUAUCUACACCCGACUAUGCCUUCUCCUCUACCGGUCACAUAAGGCCAUCUCCAGCGACCACGAACUUACUCUACAGACGCCGCAUCCGCACCAAUGGCAGCUUCUGGAUAUUAGUGAUGGGCCUAGCCAAAGUACUCAUUCGUCGAUCCCGCUGAGGAAGAUGAUGGUAUAUCCGACCGUCUAUGCACUGGUUUGGAUCAUCCCCACUUCCGUGCGCGUCUAUCAAGGGAUGACGGGAAAGCGAGCUCCACUGGCAUUGGAGAUUCUAGAAAAGGUGAUCGAAACAAGUCACGGCUUCCCAUAA